UUCCCGCGGCCGCCCUCCCGCUGCCCCGGAAGCUCUUCCCCUUGCCAAGGCCGCCUUCCUCCCCCUCACAGUUCCCCCAUCUUUGAUUGACCGAAGUUGCUUUUCCAUGGAAACCUGAUUGAUUCCCUCAAGAUGUUUUCAAGAAGAAAAAUAAGGCAGCUUUUACAGCGGGUGCCUGGGAAGGAGCGCUUUGGCAUUUACAGGUUUCUUCCUUUCUUCUUUGUCCUCGGGGGAGCUAUGGAGUGGUUUAUGAUCAAGGUCCGGAUUGGCCAAGAGACCUUCUAUGAUGUUUACCGGAGAAAAGAGUCAGAAAGACAGUAUCAACGCAGACUGGAAGAAGCAACUACUAGACCUUCACUUUCAGUCAAAUGAAUGUCUUGAAUUGGCUUCAAAAUUCAUAUCCUGAGAAGCCUUACUACAUUUAAACAUUUUAAAAGUGGUGAAAUGAGUUCUUUCUGCCGGUCUCUCACUAAUGAACAGAAUGGCCUACGUGUGAAAUAUCAUUUUACAAGGUAUUUUCAAUCUUCAUCGUUUCCUGCUCUAACUCAGUACUCUUACAUAAAUGAAUCCAGAUAUAAGCA